AUGGAACGGAGAAGAUUGGGGGCUGGACCGGACGGCAGGGAGUCUUGGCGUAUGGCUCUGGCAUGUUUCACGACUACAUUCCUUGUCGGAGGCUCGACGCUGUCCGCUGCUGUGCUCUACGUCGCCGUGAUGGAGACCUUCAACGUGACGCGUGGCAUCCUUUCUGGUCCCCUCAGCACCAUGCUCGGUUUGCGAAUCACCUGCGUGAUCGGCGGCUUCGUAUAUUUCGUGUGCUUGACUGCGAGUUUUUUCGCCACCGGGAUACUUCACCUGACAAUCUCUUUCGGGAUACCCAAUGGUGAGCUCUCACAAUGCAUCGGUCUCAUUUACAAUCUGAACCCCGUGAUCUCGAGUCACUACUUCCGAAAGCACAGUGGAUUGGCCCUCGGCAUGAAUUACUGCCGAUCGACCGUGGCCGCCAUGGUGGUUCCGAAGUUCAUGGAGUACUUGUACAAAUCCUACGGUCUGAGGGGUGGGGGCGACGACAAUCUCCUUUGA